AUGAUUUUAGAAUGUCAUAAUUGCGAUAAUUGUAAGGAACGAGAAAAAGAUAAACCAGAUCUUUGUAAUGUAAUAGCAGAUGCAUUACGGCUUGUUAGAAUUAUAAAAGUAUUAUUACAACAUGCGGCAAUUCAAAGUAAUAACAUAUAUUACAUAACUCGUGAUGAUAUAGUAGAUAUAUUUUAUGGAAAUAAGAAUAAUAAUGUAACUAAAAAAAAUCUCAUUAUUAUUCAAGUUAUUGAUCUUCAAAGAGUUCAUUCUGAAUCUUCAGUAUUGACUCAUAGUUGUAAAAUUGUAGAAAUUUGCGAAAAUGCAGAAAAUAUUAUUACUUCUAUGAUUUGGCAACAGUUUUUGAAAUAA